AGCCCGAAUCUUUUAUGAGGUUGUCUGUUUUUAAAUUACGGGGGCACAUGGAAGUUGGAUAUCUUGAGCUAAGGGAGCUUUCCUAUGACAGCUCAAUUGUUGACAUAGAAAAAGCACGUGCCAUUUUAUUAUAAAAUAUGUUGAUGAAAAAUAAUGUCUAAUGGAAGAUUGGGCAGCAUCAGGUGCAUUUCAAAGUAACGGCGGAAUAAGCAGGGCUAGUUAUUUCAAUCGCUAUGGUGCUCUGAGUCAGAGCAAACCAGAUGCGGCUAAUCAACCACCAAUCCCAUCUGCUGCAGCUGGAGAUUACAUCCAAAGAAAUGCGCAGUUGCCGAAUUAUGUUCCAUUUGGGAGACAAUAUGGGGCAAAUCCAUUCGACCCAACUAGGAAUUAUACUGGUUACAUGAACAAUGUGCGACCUCUCAAGGGAUCAGUUUUAAGCAGCGUUACAAAUGAUGACAGACCUCAGUCACAGCUGGGACCGCAACCUCAACAUGCUCUGCAGCAAAUGUUCGUUGACCAAAGAUAUCCCCCUGCAGACUCUAAGUUUCAGUUCGCGCACAAAAAUGUGCCCUUGCCUCCAGUUAAUUCUGCUAACAUUGCUUAUGGGGAUGUAAGAAACGCGGCACCUCAGAUGCCAUCUAACAAUAUGUUUGUCGCACCCGCAACAAACAUGCAAUAUGAGCCGACCCCUGCGUUCCACGCUAAGCCGUUUGUGUUCAACCACAUGCCAGAACGACCAGUGGAAGCAGAAGUUUUGCGCCGAACACCAAAGAACCCCUUUUUGCGACAGGAGCCAAAGUUUUUGAGGAACAAAAUGGAAGAUCCUGCUACAUACGUUAAACAGCAAGAGUUCGAAAGGUUACUUCAACAGGCGGUGUCGAUGUACCACCAGCUACAACACCACUACAACACGGGUCAGCCUCCUCCCUGUGGAGUACAUGCGACCCACAACAACGGAAUAGAGCAGCAGCAGCUACCAGCAAUGCCUCACCACCCCCAAUCGCACCAUCCUCAUGAAGGGUACCACCAGAAUCACUACCCUUCCUGUCCCAACUUCCCAAAAUUUGAACAGAUGUGGAAUCAACAAGUGCAGAACCACCAAUAUCAGCAGCACAUCGUCAACCAAAAAGCGGCGAGGAAGAGUAUGUACGAAGAAGUGGAUGAGGAAAAAGAACAGUCCCCUAAUCGGUUUUCACGUGCCAAAAACACGCUGACUCGGCCAACAAAAGCGACGCAUGCAAAAGAAAAAGAAAGCGUCAACAAAAGUGAAAAUAAUAGCAAAAUUGUCGAACCGAAAAGGCGCAAAUCCACGCACCCGCAAAAGGUACAUGAAACACAGGUUGACCAGAGUGAGCACAAUGCAUCCUUGAAGUCAGCAAUGAAACAUCCGAAAAACUUGAAGCCACCCAAUAAGAAGUUUAUGGAACUGCCUCAAGAGAGGAGUACAAGUCUAGGAAGGUACAACAGGUACUUCAGUGAUCCAACAUUUGACCCUGCAGAGAGAUUCAAGAGGGCUCAGCAGAGGAUUGAGAAUUUACAAAAACAAGUGAACAGUUUGGAGAGACCUCACAGUGUGUCUAAAAUGAGCGGCAAUAAGAAAAAUAACGGCAAGGCUGCUAAGAAAUCGCCGAAGUCUUCGAUGGGCAAAGGAGACGAGGCUGGCAGUGCUAAUGCCUCGACUGAAGAGGAGCCACCGGUGAAGAGUAUUUUCUCACUCAUGUACGACACAGACGGGAAGCCCCUGAACCAGGAGGCGAAGCAGAUACAGCGGCUCAUAGAGGACGAGUACGAGGAGUUCAAACAGAGGGUGCCGGUGCCAGUCGCUAUUCCCUCAAAAUCUCCCAAGUCUCCCAAAGUGAAUCAAGAGAGGAAGUAGGCGUAAAAUAGAUAGUUACCCCUUUUUAGUUCCCUUCAAUACGCCAACGCAACAAAGGCAAUUUCUUAUAAUAGAAUACCGAAACUCGUUGUUUUGCUGUUUCAAUUGGUUAUGCUGAUUGCUGAGCUCAGGUCGAGGCUGUGACGUGUAAUUGUUCCGACCAUUGAAUUUCGGGCGAAGUGCAAAAAAAUGUCCUAGUGUCGAUAAAAACCGGUUUGAAGUUCAAGAGUUUGUCUAAGAGUAAAACGAGCGAGUAGGUCGUGACGUUUUAAAUUGAGUUGUGAAAGUAAUUUGUAAAAGUGCAUCAAAACUCGGUUUGU